AUGGACAUUAACAAAGUCUUGGAAUUAGAAAAUGAGAAUGUGUUGCUGCGUUCAGAGUUACAAUCCUUGUAUGAAGAACUUGAUUAGUACAGAAUAAAUUUUACAUUUAGAAAAUCUACAGAUUAGAAAUUAAUUGAAGAAAAUAAUUACUUAAGAUAAGAAAUUCUAUAACUUAACUAAAGGCUUUAGCAAUCAGAAUAGUAAAAAUAAGUAAUAACACUCAAAUUGAUAGAUCAAUAAGAACUUAACAUUAAAUUAAGUAAAACUGUCAUGAAUUUAUAAUCCAAUAUUAAUGACACAUAACCUGAUGGUUUUUAAAAUUUCAAUUAAUGCACUCUUUAAAAUAAUUAGAACAAUAACUAUAUCUAGCAAUUAUAAGUUUUAAGAUAAAGAUAUUAAAAUAAAAAUGAAUUCGAUAGUUAAUAUAAGGAUUAAGAAAUAUAAAAAUUAUAUGUCCAAUUAUCUGAAUUAUAAAAAUUAAAUAAUAAUAACAGAUACACUAAGCCGUUGAAUAAAGAAAAUCUGACAAAAUCUUAAUAUAGACCUAGAGGAGUCUCUGAAAACAAGUUUAUUAAUUUUGAAACUAAUCUUGCAGAAUCUAGAAUAUAUCGUUGA